AUGGCGGGCUACGGAAGGCCGGUGGUUCGAGCCGUCUUCGACAAUCCUCCCAUCAAUAUUCUGGAUCACAAAGUCUUCUCCGAUUUGCAAGCGUUCUUGACUGGCCUCAAGAAAGACCCGAACCCGCCAAAGGUUGUAAUUUUCUCUUCGGCCAAUCCGAAAUUCUUCUUCUCCCAUUACGAUCUCCAUAUCCUUAGCGGAUCGUCACCUUUACCGCCGCCCCUUGAUCCGGAAGAAGUUACUGGGAAGUUCGUCGAAAGUGCUCGCAUGAUGUCGAGUAUGGGUGUGGUAUUUAUUGCGGAAAUAUCUGGACAGUCUUUGGGUGCCGGAAAUGAAAUAUUGCUGCAAAUGGACAUGCGUUUUGCCGCUCCUGGGACCAAGCUUGGUAGUCUCGAAAUAGGACUAGGCAUGCUUCACGCUGGCGGAGGCAGCCAAUAUCUCACAAAACUCAUUGGGCGUGGAAGGGCGCUGGAAUACCUCCUGUCUGCAAACACGGUAGAUGCAGAGACAGCCGAGCGCAUCGGUUGGGUGAACAAAUCAUUUCCUUCCGUUGAAGAGAUGACAACCUACGUCGAUAAGCUUGCAGGUCGCAUUGCUUCCUUCCCGGCCGCUGCACUGGCAGCCACAAAGGACUCUGUGAACGAGCAAGCGCCGUCGGAGGAUGCGCCCAACAGAGACCUUGGCAGAAUCACAGCCCUUGCCCAGACUUCAGAGGCACAGAUGGCGUUGACCAAGUUCUUGGAGCUUGGAAACGAUCAGCAGCCUGGACCGUGGGAAGAUGGUCUCAAUGACAACUUGCUGAGACUGUGGCAGUCAUAA